UCUGCCUUGAUCAUGGAACUGAUAUUUUCUUCUGCUUCCUCAACCAUUUUGCUGUCUCAUCUUUUGGUAAUAUCUGCACUUUUCUGCAGCACAAAGGCUUUGGUAAAGCUACCACCAAAUGAAACGGUUCCUGCUGUCAUCGUCUUUGGGGAUUCCAUUGUUGAUGCUGGCAACAACAACGAUCUUCAGACUCUGAUUAGGUGCAACUUCCUCCCCUAUGGCCAAGAUUUUGAUGGGGGACUUCCAACAGGAAGGUUUUGCAAUGGAAAAAUCCCCUCGGAUUUAGUAGCUGAAGAAUUGGGAAUUAAAGACACUGUGCCAGCAUAUCUGGAUCCAACAUUGAAACCCCAAGAUCUCACAACAGGAGUAACCUUUGCUUCUGGUGGCACUGGAUAUGACCCUUUGACUCCCAAACUAGUGUCAGUUAUACCAUUGUCAGACCAGUUAGAUCACUUCAAAGAAUACAUAGGGAAGCUGAAAGAUGUUGUUGGAGAAGAAAGAACAAACUUCAUCUUAGCCAAGAGUCUGUUUCUAGUUGUAGCCGGCAGCGAUGACAUUGCCAAUACCUAUUUUGUUCUUCGUGCCAGGAAAUUGCAAUACGAUAUUCCUGCUUAUACAGAUUUAAUGGUUAACUCCGCUACUAAUUUUUUUAAGGAACUAUAUGCUUUGGGAGCAAGAAGAAUUGGGGUAUUUAGUGCACCACCAAUCGGCUGUGUGCCAUCACAAAGAACUUUAGCAGGAGGAAUUGAAAGGGAAUGUGCAGAAGAUUACAACGUAGCAGCCAGAUUAUUCAACGAAAAGCUAUCUGCAGCACUGAAUUCCCUUGAAACAAGCAUGCCCGAUGGAAAAUUUGUGUACAUAGAUAUCUACAAUCCUCUGCUUGAUCUCACUGAAAACCCUCAAAAAUAUGGCUUUGAAGUUGCAAAUAAAGGGUGUUGUGGUACAGGGAACAUAGAGGUGGCAGUUUUGUGUAAUAAAUUGAGUCCAUCAACAUGUACAGAUGUCUCUAAAUAUAUUUUCUGGGACAGUUAUCAUCCAACGGAGAAGGCAUAUAGAGCCCUGGUUAACCCACUCCUUCAGAAAUGUGUGAGCAAAUUCUUCUGAGGCAAAUCUCAAAUUAUGAAGACAACAAAUUCUAAGCUCUCUAUAUAUUUCUCAUUUUUAUCCAAGUUUUACCCCAUAAAAAGAUGGUAUUUGAGGAUUUGUGACCAGUUAUUGGCUAUAACUUUAUUCAAGUCUAAAGUUAAUAUCUAUGUAAUGUUCAUUUCAUUCUAUACAUUGAGGAAAUGGUAAUUUGUCUUUUAUUUAUUCCCUGUCUCUCUCUUGGCUAAAAGGUUAGUAUUUGAU